AUGGAGGACCAGGAACACCAAGUGGUCCAGGAACACCAGGAAGUCCAGGAAAUAAACCAUGCAAAGGCAAGCCAGGUUCGCCAGGAGGACCAGGAGUGCCAGGCAACCCAGGAACACCAGGAGGCCCAGGAUCUAAUGGAGAGCCAGGAACACCAAGCUCACCAGGCCACCCAGGCGUACCAGGAGAACCAGGAACACCAAGUGGACCAGGAACACCAAGUGGUCCAGGAACACCAGGAAGUCCAGGAAGUAAACCAUGCAAAGGCAAGCCAGGUUCGCCAGGAGGACCAGGAGUGCCAGGCAACCCAGGAGCCAAGCCAGGUGGCAAACCAGGCAAGCCAGACAAGCCAGGUGGCAAACCAGGCUCACCAGGAGGCCCAGGAGGCCCAGGCGGCCCAGGAACACCAGGAUCAGGUGGUCAUCCAGGAACACCAGGUUCACCAGGAACACCAGGAGUGCCAGGCGUACCAGGAGAACCAGGAACACCAAGUGGUCCAGGAACACCAGGCUCACCAGGCCAUCCAGGCGUUCCAAGUGGUCCAGAAACUCCAGGCUCACCAGGCUUACCAGGUGGCCCAGGAACUGGUGGCCAACCAAGUGGCCCAGGAACUCCAGGCUCACAAGGAAAUGGUGGCCAACCAGGCUCACCAGGAGGCCCAGGAGGCCCAGGCAGCCCAGGAACACCAGGAUCAGGUGGUCAUCCAGGAACACCAGGCUCACCAGGAACACCAGGAGGACCAGGAGGGCCAGGAGGACCAGGAGGACCAGGUAGCAAACCAGGCAAGCCAGGUGGCAAACCAGGCAAGCCAGGUGGCAAACCAGGCAAGCCAGACAAGCCAGGUGGCAAACCAGGCUCACCAGGAGGCCCCGGAGGCCCAGGCGGCCCAGGAACACCAGGAUCAGGUGGUCAUCCAGGAACACCAGGCUCACCAGGAACACCAGGAGGACCAGGAGGGCCAGGAGGACCAGGAGGACCAGGUAGCAAACCAGGCAAGCCAGGUGGCAAACCAGGCAAGCCAGGUGGCAAACCAGGCAAGCCAGACAAGCCAGGUGGCAAACCAGGCUCACCAGUAGGCCCAGGAGGCCCAGGCGGCCCAGGAACACCAGGAUCAGGUGGUCUUCCAGGAACACCAGGUCAACCAGGAAAACCAGGAGGACCAGG